CCGCAGAAACACCCACCGCUCUUUAACCAUAGUCCGUCUUUUCGUGGCGCUACCAGCGAGGACGAUGUCUCUCGAGUCGGAAGCUGCACCCUCCCGCCUAGUCUUCUUUCUAAUAAUCGCAGCGUCCUUUUUCCAAGCUUGCCUCUGCCAAUCUGGCAGUGGCGUUAUCAACACCUGGCGGGUUUGGCCUUCAGUCGUCGUUCUGGACCAAUGGCUUUACAUCCUAGGUGGCCGCACCAGCGAAGCGUUCCGGGGCAAGGAUAAUCCUUGGACAGAUGAACCCAGGACCAUGGUGCUGCGGCUGAACAGUGACUGGAACGCCGGAAAUGUUCAGAUCAGCGCACAAACGAACCCCGGCUUCAAUGGGAGCACAACAUUGGCCAUGUGGCCUAGCAAGGAUAAGAAAAAGAUCUUCACUUGGGGAGGCGUUGGAUCCGGGGAUUCUGUGCGCCUACGAACCUUCACACCCGACUCGUCAGGCAACGCCGGAGGCACAUGGUCCGCCGAAUCCACGCAGCCCAGGGACUCGGCCACGCAGCAGCCCAUCUACAGAACCGGGUAUGGGUCCUGGACCAGCUGCAACGGGCUCGGCUUUUACAUGGGCGGCACGGUCUCCUCGCUCACAGACACCACGUAUCCCGGCCCAAGCAAGAGUCCCCAGGACCUGCCCGGCCUGAUCAUAUACGACAUGAACGACGGGAAGUGGGCCAACGUCUCGGCCAAGGGAUUCGGCAGCGGCAGGGCCGAAGGGACGCACGUCGACGGAAGCGCCGUGUGCCUCCCCGACCUGGGCACGGGAGGCAAGGGCGUGGUGAUGUUCCUGGGAGGGCGCCACGGGAGCGACAAGUCCGAGACGCGGGAGCGGCUCAGCCUGGACGAGGUGAUGUUCUACGACAUCGGCACCAAGAGGUUCUACUCGCAAAAAACGACGGGCAAGCGCUUCCCCGCGCAGACGCCCGACUACCCCUGCUCCGUCGUCGCCAAGAGCAAGACCAGCAAGGCCUACGACAUCUUCAUGUUUGGCGGCACGGGCCAGACGCCGGCCCAGACCAUGAUACUGACGGUGCCCGGGUUCCACUGGUCGCAGAUCCAGACCAACGACGCGCCAGCCCCGAACGGCAGGAGGCGGCACGCCUGCGCCGUCAUAGGGGCAGGGGGCCGGCAGAUGAUCGCGUUUGGGGGCUCCGACGACGCGGACGACGGCAAGCUCAUUGGGAACCAGGACCCGUGGGGCAAGGGCCUGCAGGUCCUGGACAUGACGGAGCUGAGGUGGAGCAGCGAUUACAAGUCCGCUGCUCCCGACUACGAGCAGCCGACCAUGGUCAAAGAGUGGUAUUCGAAUGCCUCCAACCUCCAAGCCAUCGAUUGGAACCCAGACACCAAGCCCCUUUUCGCAACCGCCGUGGCCGAUCUUCUAGCCAGCGCUACUUCCACGUCCAGCCCGGCACCGGCCGGGCCUUCGGCUGGCGUCAUCGCCGGCGCGGCCGUCGGUGGCGUAGCCGUGCUCGCACUCCUAGUGACGGGGAUAAUCUAUUUCUGCUACUACAAACCCCGGCGCCGGCGCGGCCAGGUAGAGCAGGAAGGGGCGGAGUUGCCUGCAGCACAGGACCACGGCGGACGGGCGGGCGACGGGGCGAGCGCGGUUCCUCCGAGCGAGAUGUACCAGCCGUUUCCGGACGCGGAGGGGCUUGGCGUGAAACCCAAAGGCUGGUCGCCCUCGCCCGACAUGGCUGAGCACCGCCCCAUGCUCCAUGGGGUAGUGCUGCCCCAGGAGGGGGCCAGGCCAGUGUCUGAGUUGCAUGAGCAGGGAUAUCGACAACCGCAGGAGCUGGAGGGUAGCACUGCUGGGUUAUCACCGUAUAAUGGGGCUAGAUAAGCACUAGCAGGAGGUUGUUGAGCUGUGUGUUUGGGGUUCCAGGGCAUCAAAAUAGUGGUGUUUUCUAGUAGUCGGUUCAUGUGCAUUGGUUCACUUGCAGUCCCAUUUGACAUAAAUAUGCCCGAG